AUGAACACCACCUGGCUUGUGCCUGUUCUCUCUGUAGUUAACGCUACGAUCAAGCAUCGGGCAGCUGGUCCAAACUGGAGUUGGUCCUUAAAGACGCGACAACGCCGUCCUCCCAGCAAUCGUGGUGAUGCAGAUGAUUGUGGCAAAAACAGCCCUCGGCUGCACGCACAGAGAAAGUUUGCUCAGUCCCCACCCAGCUCUCCAGGACCGUUAGUGCUGAUGACGUCACAGAACAGCCACUCCCACAGCCUGGCUGUGGUCACCUGUCUGACCAAACGUCGCCCUAAGACUGAGGACUUUUUGUCUUUUCUCUGUUUAAGAGGUUCAGCAGCAUUACCGCGCAACAUGUCAUUCUUAACAAGUAAGCGAGACAGGGAGCCAGGUGACAGUCAGCACUGGCCUUCCUGUCACAAGGCUCCAGCUGAGGAGAAGAAAAUCAGGAUGUUGUGUAGAAAAACAGUGCACAGUGACUCCAGAUCACUGAAGAGGAGGCCUGCCAGCCCUGCUGGGGUCAGAUCCAGCUGCCCUUUAACAGCUGGCGCACAGAAAAGGACGGACAGGGAUGAAAGAAAAGGGAAGCCACAGAAGAAGGGAGUGGAGGGGGACAGGCGAGAGGCAGCUCAGAUACACCUCCUGAGACCUCGCCAGCACUUACUUCAUGUCACGAGGGCUAACAAGGUUGCCAUGGUUACUAAAAUCUCUGAGCAAAGAGCCUCCUGUGUAGCGUCAGUCAUUCCUUUAACGCCGAGAACUGGCGUUGGUAACAAACGAGGCGCAAGGCCGAGCAAUACAUACAAAUCAAGGCGCCAUCCCCAAAGCAGAGCCCAGGAAAGCAACAACAAGUACCACCCCCUACAUCACAACCACCGUCGGGCUAACAAUCAGCACCUUCGCCACCCAGCGCUUUCUAAAUACUAUAGCAUCCACACGACCUUCAGUAUUCUCCACAAUUCAGGAAGAAAUUCACGCCAAACUCCACGUUUAAAUAAACGUUCAGUGUCUAGACGGCUGAAUGAGAACCCUGUGGUCCUGAGGUUAUCCAGACGGAGGAGAGGCCUUCCACCAGACACCAGUCCUGUCCUUCCCAAUCGGGUUCCCUUGGACAAAAACUCAUCAAAUGAGUGCCAGACGUUUCAGGACAAAGAUGCUCAUGUCUCACAGGAGAGUGAUAUUUACGAGAUUCAGCAGAAAGGGGACAAUGUUAGAGAGGAUUAUGUGAACAUGUGUGAACGCUCUGAUAACCACGAUGUGAAAGUUGUAGAAAAGAGAUACGGGCAUGUUGGAGAUGUGAAACUGGAGAGGGGAAAGGGAAAUAUAGAAAAGCUGCCUGUGGCAAGCACAGCUGCUCUGGAGGCCUCUGAUCAAAGGGAAAGCCUUACGAAUGUCAGCGCUAGCUAUAACCUCAUGCCUGCUGGUGAGGUUGUAUGGAAACACCUGAGAGAGAAAACACUCCAAAAGCAUCAGAACUCUACAAUCUUAAAGCCACCUGCCAGGGCGAAUGAGUCCAGGGCUGCUGCUGCGAGGACUAGUGUAACUAAAGCUGCUAUUAACUCACCAGCCAAUUCUUUUUCCAGGCACAGUGCCAAGGGUACUAAUAACAGCAAGAAAAUGAAGAAGAGUAGUUUACGAGCCGGCACCAACAUAGCCCACGAAUCCAAAAGUGCUACAAAACAGUCGUCAAUGAGCACCACAAAGGACACGUGCAAGGAUGGUGCACUUACCAUCCGUUGCUGUAGCACUUCCAAAGAGGGGCUUCUCCAGGCCAAGCCUGCUACCUCAGCCAUCAAGACCAGGUUCAGCUCUAGGAUCCUUCUAAAGCAUUAAUUUUUAAACAGUAUCCAAACAUGACGCACUGUUAUGUAACUAAGAUUUUAUGAUGACACGUACAGAAAUGUUUUUAAAAGCUUUUAUUGUGGUGAAUAGUGGCACAGCAUGAUGACGGGUUUCCUUGUCAUGUUCUGUACUGUUGUCGUUGUUGAAGAUAAAAUAAACUGGAAGUCAUGACACUGGCUGAUGCACUAUAAAGUGGACUGUGCAGGAGUGAUGAUGCUUAAAAGCU